AUGCCUGAAUUGCGCGGAGUGCACGCUCUAGCUUUUAGGAUCCUGACAGACGGCGGCACGCUGCUGUGGCAGAAGUACUUGGAGAGGAAGGCUUUCUCCUUUGCCUCAAAUGCCAUCUCGGAUGCUCUGGUCAGCCGGCUCCGAAUGUGCUACGUGAGCCAUGAUGUGGGAGAGCCUGCUGUGGACGGGGCUCUCAGAGGCCCUGAAUGGAACAUAGAAGAGGAACCGCAGCCUUGCGAGAUCGACAGCUGGGCGCGGAUGCAUCUGCCAGUGCGACGCAGCGGAAAAGCUGACGAGGCCUCAACAUCAGGGGCGAAGAUGCCGGGCAAGCCCCGACGAGGCCAGCUUGCAAGCUCCUCCCGGCCCAAGGCCACCAGUGGACUAUCUUCUGUGAAAGAGAAGCCGGCAGACCAGCCGCCCAGGAUCUUCAUGCUGGAGAGCGAGCAUACCGUUGAUCCUGAAGAGGAGAGGAUGCGAGAGGCAAAAGCUCAAGAGGAGGCAAGGAAACGGGACAAGGAAAGGCUUGCCAAGGAGUCAGAGAAGACUCAGGAGGAAGAAAGGCGAAAGGUGCAGCAACUCCAUGAGGAGAUGUCCAAGCGGCCACACACGUUCGACACAGAGGGUAACCUUAUUUGGGUCGACGAGUUGAAGCCAGAGCGCCUUCCAAAGCUUGUUGAGGCUUUCGGCUAUUCCGUCAAGCGAGAGCCGAAGAGUCUACGAGAUGAUAAAGCAGCGCUGGGGACGACGAUGGCCGCCCCCAAGGCGAAGCAAAGGCCAAGAAGGCAUCGUGGAGGCGGUCGUGGCUCAAAAAAGACAGACGCAUCGCCUGAGUUCACAGACGGCUUCUCCAAGCUGCAGCAUGGGCAGCCUCCGAUCCUCGAGACAAUGGUGGUGGUGCCCGGUGUCACUUUGGAACAGCUGGGUAAGGUCAAGAGCGGGCCGGACGACGAGAAGCGCUUCCUCUCACGACGAGAGUAUGUCCAGCUCGCCGAGCAGGAGGUGGCCCUCGACAGCAGCUUCCAUGGCAGAGGCGGCAGCACAUCGCAGGAUGGAAGC